GGGAGAAAAAAAACUAAUGCUUUAGCUCGUUGAUGAUGAUGAUAUCUCUUCACUUUUCCACUCCGUCACUAUCUUUUCUCACAUCUGAUUCCAAUUCCAGAUUUUGCAAGAACCCUAAUGAUCCAAUUCUUGUUACUUUCCCUCAAAAAUCCCAAUUUGUUUCUUGCCGUCGUUUCAAUUUCAAUUCCCAAGGAACAAAUCUAAACCGUAAAACCUACCGGCGGAGUCUGAGUUGCUAUGGGGUUAAAGAUUCAGGUGAGAAAACGAGCUCUGCAACGCCGUUAGAUUCCGGUGGCGGUAACGGCGGAGGAGGAGACGGAGGAGAUAACGGUGAUGACGACAGUGAAGUGGAGGGUAAAGACAGGCUGUUGCCGGAAUGGCUGGAUUUCACAUCAGACGAUGCAAAGACUGUGUUCUUGGCUAUAACUGUAUCGUUAGCAUUUCGAUAUUUUAUUGCAGAACCAAGAUACAUUCCUUCCUUGUCUAUGUAUCCUACUUUUGAUGUCGGAGACAGAUUGGUUGCAGAGAAGGUGAGUUAUUAUUUCAGGAAGCCUUGUGCAAACGAUAUUGUAAUCUUCAAAAGUCCACCGGUUCUUCAGGAAGUUGGGUACACAGAUUCGGAUGUAUUCAUUAAACGGAUCGUUGCAAAAGAAGGCGACCUUGUGGAGGUUCAUGAAGGGAAACUAAUGGUUAACGGUGUUGUUCGAAAUGAAAAAUUCAUCUUAGAGCCUCCUGGUUAUGAAAUGACACCAGUUCGAGUACCGGAAAACUCGGUCUUUGUGAUGGGUGACAACCGGAAUAACAGUUAUGAUUCUCACGUGUGGGGUCCUCUGCCUUUGAAGAACAUUAUAGGACGGUCAGUUUUUCGGUAUUGGCCACCAAACAGAGUAAGCGGGACAGUGCUAGAAGGUGGCUGUGCUGUGGAUAAGCAGUAGAGCAUAUUGGAAUGUUUUUGAUUCGGCUUUUUUGUUUUUUAAACGAAACGAAACUAUGUAGUACAUUUUUUAUGAAGAAAUGAAGAAAAUGAUUGCA